GACCUUUUACUGUCAUUGUUUUUUUGUGUGAGGUGACCCUUCAGAGAUUCUGUGUAAUAACGUUUGUUGGUGUCUGAACUGAGACGUGGUCUUCGCUCCUCGUGUCAUCGUGGAUCUUCUUCCUGCAGGCGUGUCAGACCUGCAGCUUGAGCCGUGCAGCAGAUUAACAGCACUCAGCUUAUUUCAGGUUCACAGCUCUGCAGGCUGAGCGCUCUGACAGCUUCACUGACGUCCUGACCAUGUUCCUCUGAUGUUCUGAUGUUCCUCGGCUCCAUCAGAAGAUGAACGCUGCGAGCCUGAACCUGCUGCUGCUGCUGGGAUGCCUCCACAGAGCCGCGUGUCAGCUUCCUGGAUGGAUCACAGAGGUGGAAGGUAGCGGUGAGACACAGUGGACCCCAGAACCGGACUUUUUCGACGACAUGUACUGGUCCGGCUCGGCGCCCCUUUGCUUCGGUGGCUGUAAGGCUCGGCACCAGGAGCUGAGGAGGGACCGCUGCGGAGACUCGAGCUGCUGCUGGCUCGGAUACAAGUCACUGUGCAGAGUGAAUUGUGGGCGGCCUGAUGUGGACUACAAUGGAGUGGUGUUUGGGAACGAUUGGUGGGUGGGCUCUGUGGUGAGGUACACCUGUCGCUCUGGCUUCAUGCUAGUGGGAAGUCCAACCAGAACCUGCCAGCCUGACGGGCUCUGGACCCCCAGACCGACCUGCCUUCGGAUGUGUCCACGAGGACGCAUCGAGAUCAGCGAGCGGGAGCUGGGCGGGUCGUGUAACUCCACCUGCACUCAGAAGAACUACACCGGGCCAAUCAAACGAGGCUGCAGCCGGAUCGACAACUGCAAGAAGAAGGAGAGCGGCUGGAAGCGCUUCUUCUCUCAGUGCGUGCCCUGCAUCUGUGACUGCGCUUUGUCGUGUCGAGAGUCGGUGUCCCACCCCGUCGCUAGGCAGAAACCGAGGACCUAAAACCUUCUUAGCUUCCUCCGUCAGCGUCCUCUUCACUCUCUUCUCCUCUGCCAUUAUGUCCAUAGAGGCUGCUGACUGCUGG